GUCCUCGGGGCCCAAUUCCAGAAGAGCAGCUAAACAAGUGAAAACAGUUUAUUAACUAAACUGAAGACAGUUUAUUAGCUAAAAUCUGAAUUAAAUCACAGCGCCAGAUCAGUGUACCGCGGAGACAAAGAGAGGAGGAGGGGCGGGGUUUCAGGAGUUUUACAUGAGACGAGAUAUUGCUUCCUAGUUAAGCUUACUGGUGUGUGUGUGUGUGUGUAGAUGUGUGACAGCGGUGUGUGUGAAGACAAGCCCCCCGCCCCCCCUGUCAGAAUGAACAGCCAAGGAGGCGGAGCCAAGGACUCCGUGUCGGGCAACUACAACUCUCGGUCCCUCCCCUCUGUUCCUGAGGAGAAACAGAAACGAAAUAAAAUCAUCUCCAUGUUCGCCUCAGAGAAAGGAGGCAGGAAGAAGGAUCGUGAUAAGGACAACAGACCAGAGAUCUCCUCUCCGUCAGACUUUGAACACACCAUCCAUGUGGGCUUCGACGCCGUCACAGGAGAGUUCACAGGCAUGCCGGAGCAGUGGUCCAACCUGCUCCAGACGUCUAACAUCAGUAAAUCGGAGCAGAAGCAGAAUCCUCAGGCUGUUCUGGACAUUCUCAAGUUCUACGACUCCUCCACCGCAAAACAGAAAUACCUCUCCUUCUCAGAAAAAGAUGCACAGUCGCCUGGAAAGCAGGGUGCCACGUCCUCGCCAUCAGGCGGUAAAGACGGUGAUGAUGAUGACGAUGAGGAUGGAGACGAAGCUCCGCCCCCUAUUGUGGCGCCACGGCCUGAGCACACCAAAUCAGUGUACACCAAGUCUGUCAUCGACCCACUUCCCCCGCUGCCAGAGCCUGACUCCGCCUCCAACAGGAACAAGAAGAAACAGCAGGGCAAGAUGACUGACGAGGAAAUCAUGGAGAAACUAC